AAAAAAAAAAAAAAAAAAAAAAAAAAAAAAAAAAGAGCAACUUUUCACUCGGUUAUUGGAGCCAUCCAUUCGUCUACUAAAACAUGAUAUGAUUUUAUUAAUUAAAAUAUGGUUAAGCUCUAUGAAUUAAACCUAGUAGCAUCUUUUCAUCCUAUCAUUCAUUUUAUAUAAAAAGCGUACCGUACUGUACGCUUUUUUUUUUUAAUCAUUCUUUUUUUCUUCAUCCAACUAUGACUAAUUCUAACAUUUUAACAUAUUACGCUCAUCUUGUAACAAGCAACAAUUCCUUUGAAGAAUACGUUCCUGGAAGUAAUUUAAUAAGCAAGGCUGUAUUAACUGAUACCAGAAUUAUCGUUGGUGUAUCCAGCAUAACCGCGUCAAUAAACGACAUACUAGCUCCAGCCACAAGUCAUCCAUUUAGUAAAAAAAUUCCCAGUCUGUUUUGGGCAAAGCGUUAUCUUUCAAUAUCAUCGACAACGCUAUCAACAGUUCAAUCAACUGAACAGUUAGUUCCUUUAGCGGCUAUUGGUUUAUUUUUGUGCUCCCAAAAACUUUGUAUAACUCAUCUUGUUAGUGGUAGUCAAGAUACAAAGAUGAAACUUCUAUACAAGAUAGCUAUGAACAACAUUCAACAAUUACUUGGUGAAGAAGAAGAGACAACAAAAGGAAUCAAAGCAAUAUGUGACAACACUUAUGUCCCAACUUGA